AUGGCGCUGGAUCACCACCCGGUCCAGAAUAGCGAAGUCUACCUCCUAAACUCCACGCACCCACCCUCGAUUCCUCCACCGUCUCCUCCGUCACCUGCCACACCAUGCGAUGAACAUCCUCCUAUUUUGGAUGCGUUAGGCUCGAUCACCCCGCCCGAUAUCCAGGAAACAUGUUCAACCUUUAGCCAGAGAUUAUCGAAUGCCCUGCAUGUGCUGAGGACGGAAGCCACCUCUCUCGCACACCUGACGAAGUUAUACGAGACCGAUCCUAUUGCGAGAAGAGGAUUUAAUUCAGCCGUCGAGAUAAUCACCAGAUUUCAAGGAAGGAAGGGGAAACUCGUGGUAUCAGGCAUUGGCAAGAGCGGGCAUAUCGGGGUGAAACUCGUCGCGACGCUGAAAAGUCUCAAGGUCCCAUCCGAGUUCUUGCAUCCUACCGAAGCAUUGCAUGGAGAUCUGGGAACAAUUGACGAUGAUGACACGGUGCUUUUGAUCACGAACUCAGGCAGCACAUCGGAAUUACUUGCCCUUUUGCCACAUUUUGACCCCUUAUUACCAACUAUUAUUAUGACCUCCCAUGUUCAUCCUUCAGAUUGCGAGAUCAUCCAGCACCGGCCAAGCACCAUCCUGUUGCCCGCACCUAUACAUAUUCCAGAAGAGGUUGCAUUUGGUGUCAAGGCGCCAACUAUAUCUACCACCGUGGCGAUUGCAUUGGGUGAUGCUCUCGCAAUUGCUGUCGCGCGCGAGCUACAUGGCCAAAAUCUAUCCAAUCUGUUCCAUAAAAACCACCCUGGAGGGGCGAUUGGUGCAGCAAUUCAACCGCCCCGGAAACUUUCAGACCAGGUCAUCCAAAUCAUGGACAUCCCACAAGUAGAAAGUACACUCACAGCAUCACAAGUUAUACUGUCGGCAUAUCAAUCGGAGACGGGAUGGGUCAGGAUGAGUGGUGAUGUUAUGGUACCUCCGCGGCGCAUCAAGAAACUCCGUCCAAUGGAUAUGGAAGCGCAAGCCACGUGCAUCGCUGGACUAACCGUACCGCAACAAGAAUGGAUCGCCAUGUCCGCCGAUCUAGACUUAACCGAAUCUAAAGAAUGGAUCAGGACGAUGCGCCGAACAAUUCCAGCCGGAGAAACCAAGUACAGUGAUGAGGCGAUAUUGGUUACGAUUGACGACGACGAGAUGUGCGGAGUGAUGGAGAUAGGGGAGCUAAUGACUUGA